AUGGGGACGGGAUGGGAAGAGGAGGUGCUCCAGGGUAGUGGCAGGAAGGCCCUGCCUCCGGUAGGUUGUGACCCCUGCCGCGGCGUCCAGUGUCCAGCUUCGCAAGUUUGCCAGCUUGAUGAGCAGCGGAAUCCGAUCUGCCGCUGCAACGGGGCCUGUCCUGGCGACCUGCGACCAGUAUGUGGGUCGGACGGACGCACUUACCCCAACGAGUGCCUGCUCCGGGUUGAGGCUUGCCGCUCGCGCAGGCCCCUGCGACUGGUGUAUGCAGGCGCCUGCUCGCAGGGCCUCAACCCUUGCGGCGACUUGCAGUGCCAGUUCGAGUGCUCCAUAGACCGAUUCGGAAAAGCGUCGUGCACGUGCCCACCUCCCUGUGAACAGGUGCUGCGUCCGGUUUGCGGCUCAGACGGCAAGACGUACGACUCUGCUUGUCAUCUGCGGCGCGAGGCAUGCCUAGCGGGAGACACCGAGCUGCGGAUCUCCUAUGCGGGACCGUGCGAUGCAGCCGCACCCUGUCACGGCUUCCGGUGCCCGCUAGGGGCCUUCUGUUCGCAUGACGGCCAGCCAUCGUGCCACUGCCCGCCCUGCUCGGAGGAAUUCGAGCCUGUAUGCGGCUCGGACGGAAUCUCAUAUCCGAACGAGUGCAAGCUCAGGCGUGAGACUUGCCAGCGGAGCACGGCGCCGGGAGGCUCGGCGCUGCCUCCAGUGGCCGUCGCGCACCCGGGACUCUGCUCGGACCCGUGUGACGGCCGCCAGUGCCCCUUCUACGGCGUCUGUGAGGCGGGAGAGCUGUCGAGCUUCUCGGGCGUGUCGCAAAUAAGCGCUCACGACGAGAUGUUCUUCGUCGUCCUCAGCGGAAUGGCCGAAGCGUCGACAGUCGUCGCAGCGAGGAGUCCUGCAAUUUCGACGGAUGUGUCCAACCUUACUACACCGAAGACAAAGUGGUGGGCGGCCAGGGAUCAGGACGAGGCUUUGCACUCCACAGACAUAAAGAAUGUGGGGAACGUCGCCAACACGGACUCCAUCGGCAAGGGACAAAACAACAUCACGGUUUAG